AUUAGUCUUUUUCCAGAGCGCUCUCGGUGUUGUCUCCACCAUGCCUGAGCCAGCGAAGUCCGCGCCCGCCCCGAAGAAGGGCUCCAAGAAGGCGGUGACCAAGGCGCAGAAGAAGGACGGCAAGAAGCGCAAGCGCAGCCGCAAGGAGAGCUACUCGGUGUACGUGUACAAGGUGCUGAAGCAGGUGCACCCCGACACCGGCAUCUCGUCCAAGGCCAUGGGCAUCAUGAACUCGUUCGUCAACGACAUCUUCGAGCGCAUCGCGGGCGAGGCGUCGCGCCUGGCGCAUUACAACAAGCGCUCGACUAUCACGUCCAGGGAGAUCCAGACGGCCGUGCGCCUGCUGCUGCCCGGGGAGCUGGCCAAGCACGCCGUGUCCGAGGGCACCAAGGCCGUCACCAAGUACACCAGCUCCAAGUGAGUGCGCCUGCAGCUGACCGACCGCAACCCAAAGGCUCUUUUCAGAG